AUGACUUCGACCAGCAGCGAGGCAACUGCCGUGCGUGGCGCGCUGAUCGUCCUCGAAGGCCUUGACCGGAGCGGCAAGACGACGCAGGUCCAGCUGCUGGAGAAGCGGCUCCUCGAGCUCGGGCGUAACGUCAAGGUGAUGAGGUUUCCUGACAGGACUACGCCCAUCGGCCAGAUGAUCGACGGAUACCUGAAAAGCCAGGUGGACAUGGACGACCACGUCAUCCACUUGCUCUUUAGCGCAAACAGAUGGGAGGCAGCAAAACAAAUCACCGCCCUGCUCUCCGCCGGCACGACGGUGAUAUGCGACAGGUACUACUACUCGGGCAUGGUCUACAGCGCGGCCAAGCAGAACCCGGCCCUGCCGCUCUCGUGGGCCCGGGCGCCCGAGGUCGGCCUUCCGCGCCCGGACCUGGUCCUCUUCCUGGACCUGAGCGAGGACCAGGCCAAGGCCCGCGGCGGCUGGGGCGAUGAGCUCUACGAGAGGGCCGAGAUGCAGCGCCGGGUCCGUGAGCUGUUCUGGGGCUUGAGCAUGGGUCGGGUCGAGGACGGCGCCGGCCAGCGCGAGGAGAGGGCCCGGCAGGAGGAGGAGGACCUGCACGUGGUCGAUGCCAGCCCGUCGGUCGAAGCUGUCUCCAAAGACAUCUGGAAGGUGGUGGAGCCGAGGCUGGACGCUGUCGGUAGGGGCGAGGUCGGGAAGGUUGUGCGGAGGGUGUCAUGA